AUGGAACCGAGUCCGGGGGGAAGGGAGCGUGAGAUCUCAGUAUAUGUGUAUAUUUUUCGCGUCAUUGACUCUGCGAAUUACUCAAACGCAGCCAUCAUCAACUUCGAGCACGGUACCGGGAUCAAAAAGCAACUCGGCUUUGACGCAGCGCAGUGGUCGUGGACGCUUUCCAUCUUUUCGUAUAGUUACCUACUCUUCGAGCCCAGCAACACAGUGCUGCUCAAGGUUUUCAAGCCGUCAGUAUGGAUGUUUAUUCUCAUCCUAUUCUGGGGCAUCUCGGCUUGUUCAUCGGCUGCUGCUAUGGACUUCAAGGGAAUCAUGUGCGUCCGUUUCGCUAUUGGCAUGGCGGAGGCUGGAUUCUUCCCGGCGGUACUGUAUCACAUGGCUUUCUGGUAUAAGCCAGGCGAGAUGCCUAAGCGGAUUGCGUUUUUCUACUCUGUGGGGCAGCUUUCCAGUGCGUUGAGUGGGCUGCUGGCUUAUGCUAUUGGUUUCAUGGAUGGAUUGGGAGGCCUUCCCGGCUGGAGGUGGCUCUUCUUGCUCGAAGGACUACCCGCCAUCUUGCUGUCUUUCGUCGCACUCUUUCUCCCAGAUUACCCCGAGACAGCCAAGAUGCUCACGGAAAAGGAACGAGCUUUUCUGAGAAACUGUCUAGCCAAAACCGCACCCACGGGUAAAAGGGGCCAUUGGGAUUUUGCUUCUCUGAAAGCCUUGUUCAAGGAUCCGACCUUCUACACUUUCUCAACUUAUUGGAUAUGUCAUGGCAUCGGUGGAUUCGGCGUCGGUUAUGCUCUGCCGACGGUCAUUUACGAGCUGGGCUUCACUACAACCUCCAAGUCCCAACUGAUGAACAUCCCACCUUACGUUACGGCGUUCUUAUUCCUGAACACGGUCGGGUUCUUCCUACACAAGAAGAUCAUUUGCCCCUGGACUACAGCAGUCGCAAUUGAAUCUACAAUCAUAAUAUGCUACAUCAUACUCGUCACCGUUUCAAAUGCAGUGGUCCGAUAUGUCUGCCUUAUCGUGGCCGUAGCGUGCGCCGGAUCUGCCUAUCCAGUUAUCUGGCCAGAACGCAUUCGUGCCAUCGACGGCACAGUGGCUGCUGGGAUAGGUAUCGGCUUCACAAACGCCAUGGCACAAUUUGGAGGUAUUGCCGGUCCUCAUGUGUACAGUACGGUCUUUGGUCCGAGAUAUCGGACGUCGUACGUAAUAUGUCUGAGCUUCCUCAUCGUUGGUAUUACGGCUAUAUCGACAUCGUGGUUUCUGGUAGCAUGCAAGGAUCGUAGAAAAGCGGCUUUGUUGGCCUCUCACUAA